ACUCCCAGUCUACCAUCCCCUGGAAAGCCACACCAACAUCCAAGAUAACACAAAAUGGCCUCCUCGCCAGCGCCAAAAACCCACAUUGCGCACACCCUUCUCUCACGCGCCCACUCCCCAGACAGCGCAACGCAACAAUUCACCGAGCGCAUCAAACAAAAACCACUCUUCCUCCGCGCAACCUCCCCCUCAGCAUCCGACAACCGCUCCCGGCGCCGCCUCCACCGCCUACGCAAGAAAGAAUACUUCCUCCGACACCAGAAGCCGCAACCGCUGUCAGCGCGCGAAAAGCGCAAGUCAGGGCUGUACGACCUACCCAAGGAAGAAUGCAAAUACGCUAUUUUUAAGGGCCUUCAUGAGCUGUGGGUUGGGUAUAUGCAAGAGAUCUUGGAUGUGAAGGCCGGACCACGUGGCCAUGUUUCGCCGGCGUCGCAUGGAAGUAAGCUUGUCAGUGCCGAUUACCAUGGGGCUGAGGUCGAGGUUGUUAGGAGUGGGUGUGCUGGGAGGGUUGGUGCUAAGGGGAUUGUGGUGCGGGAUACGAAGUUUACAUUCGUCAUUGUUACUGAGAAGGAUGAGAUGAAGACUAUACCGAAGGAGCACACUAUCUUCCGGUUCACAGUGCCUGUGCCAGCGCCGUCUGAGGGCGUGCAGGAUACGCUGACUCAAUCUGAUGCAAAAGCUCCCAUGCCGUUGGUUUUCGAGCUGCAUGGAAACCAGUUCGAGAAUAGGCCUGUGGACAGAGCUAAUAAGAAGUUCAAGUGGAGGAAUAUCGAUUACAUUUAAGAUGGC